CGAUUCAGUGAGACGGACUACGUACUUUUGUGUUCAUUUAACUCUGUUCGUCGACUUUGGGACUUUUCUGAACAACGUUUUAGGGACUUCAAGUGCUGGAAAGUAGUAAAUAGCCUAUAUUCCAGUGUGCUGUGUACCGUUAUACCUGUCUCGCUUCUCUCUCCGCCUAGCGGUGCAUUGCUCGAGCGUACCGUUAUACUCGCCUCUCAUCCCGUGGACUGGAGGUUAACUUUUCUCCUUGUUUUUCCAAUACACAAGCUGCAAUGUCUUAUAUUUGUUCUAAUAAAUCGUGAUGUUUGCUACCUUUUUGCUCAACAAAAACUUCUCAGCUAAACAGGCUAGCUUGCUAACGUGCUGCCCCAGCCAUGCAGUUCAGUUAAGCUGAGCCACCUGAUAUUUUGUGCUGAAAAUAACGAGUAGAUAACGAUAAUAGCUAAUAGUUGGUCUUGUUUUACUACCGGGUAGCAGAGUUAUUUGAGUGUGAUGGAAUAUUCAGCAAUGUGCUUUUGUAGAGUCACUGAUUGCAUGUCAUUCUCGACUUGCAUUAUAUUAUUAUCUAAAAUAAAUAGCUACAUAUUUUAUUCGGGAUUGUGUUGAGUUGUUUUGGAUAACAACCCCUCCGGUUAGCUGCCCGCAACACUUUUUUUGAUACAUUGUUUGUCGCGUGGUUUGCUUAAAGGUAAGAGCUGUGUUGUACAAAUUGUUGUUUUAUUUAGCCACUUUGUCAACUUAAGAUUUUAAUAUAUUACACUCAGGCAUCUCGUGGUGUAUGCUUUUUGGGUAGCAUAACAUUGUUUUGGGCAUGGUAGGUGAUAUGUUUUAGUCCUCAAAAUAGAGCUUUUUGAAUCAUUUGUGAUGAUUUUCAUUUGUGGAAGAUAGUAGUUUACCUGUUAUGCUGGGUGGUGCAAGCAAUGCAGGAAAGAAAUGGGCGUCAUACAGCUUUCCAAUGUGUGUGAGUAACUGCUGCAGUCUCUAAAAGGAAUCUAGCUUAGCAGCAGCAACAGCACCAGGCGAGAGCAAGGAAUUGUAUUAUUUUUUUAAUUUAAUUUGAUUGUGAAGAAAAUAGUUCAAUUGCGCAACAGGAACACAAAUAGGAUAAUGAUUAUCCGUUUGCUAAAUACACAAAACACCAUAGUACAUUUCACAACAUUAUAGCUACAAUAACCCAGAACAGCUAUUUUAUAUUUCUGAUGUAUCCAAAUCAAUCACUUGAUUUAUGAAGAUGGUCUGCAGAUUAUUGUAACUUGGAUUUGACUUUAAAUUUUAAUCAGAAAAGAGUAGCCUCCUCUCAUUGGAUAACCUAUUACCUGUGUUCUAACUAUCUUCCUCACUUUCACUCAACCUACCAGCCAAUAAAAUCUUAUUUUAGGUAAAUACCGUUAUAUGAGUGGUGAGAUGAGGGGCUGGAAACGGAAAGCACCUUUUCAUGUGGCCGCUGACGACACAAGCUGUGACACACAGAGUAGAGCGCCGUGCGCAGGCAGGAGCCGUGAACAUGUACACCUGAACAGGGAAAACGGGCUCGCAAAUGUCCUCCUAUAAAAACAUACCUGUGGUGCUUAUCUAUACAGUAUUAUUUGCACAGAUUGCGGGGACGUGUUUGUUUAUUUUAAACCUAUAUUUAUUCUAGAGCAGACGCGGAAAAGACUCCAAAACGCUGCAGCAAAUGGCAACUUGUGCAGUAACGAAUUACAACAACGUUGUGGAGGCCCAGUCAGAUUCUGACGAUGAGGACAAGCUACACAUAGUGGAGGAGGACCCUGAUGGAGACAGCACUGUGCCAGAAGACACCUCUGCAGUAUUAUCCCAGAACGGGACGGAGACGCACCAAGACACCUGGGAUGGAGUGAAGGAGGAGUGUGGCUCAGAAGAGGAGGAUGAGGAGGAGGAGGAAGAGGAGGAAGAGGAGGGGGGUAAGGAUGCUCUGGUAGAAGAGAUUCUCCAGCAGGGAGACACGGCGGUCAUCUACCCCAAAGCUCCGGACGGCAAACAGAAAAGUGCGCCUGAGAGAGGGGUCUCAGAGAAGACCGACACGCCAGACACCCUCUCCCAACUCCUGACUUGUCCGUACUGCUCACGGGGCUACAAGCGCUGCACGGCCCUCAAGGACCACAUCAAGCUACGGCACGAGAAGAGCGAGGACAACUUCAGCUGCUCCCAGUGCAGCUACACCUUCACCUACCGUACACAACUGGACUGUCAUAUGACCCAACACAAGAACCAACACAAGGAUCCUGUACAGCGUCAUGUACCCCAGACCACCACCACAACAAUAACAACAGGGGGGAACAGGAAGUUCAAGUGUACUGAGUGUUCCAAGGCUUUUAAAUAUAAGCACCACCUGAAGGAGCAUCUUCGCAUCCACAGCGGAGAGAAGCCAUACGAGUGCCCCAACUGUAAGAAGCGGUUUUCCCACUCAGGGUCCUACAGUUCCCACAUCAGCAGUAAGAAGUGUGUUGGCAUGAUGCCUGUCAACGGCAACCCCAGCCCAGUCAUUAAGGUCUCCAACCAGACCCCCAGCCAGACCCAGCCGUCUGGCCCCGCCGCGGCCCCAGUCUGUGUGCUCCUCCGGGGGGAGAAGACAGACAGCAAGCCCCUGCAGGAGCAGCUCCCCCACACUCAGAUCAAAUCUGAGCCUGUGGACUAUGAGUUCAAGCCGGUGGUGGUGGCGCCUAAUGGGGCGGCGGGGACUAAUGGGACGGUGUUUAACGGUGGCGUGACGCUACCCCAGGGCACGGCAUUGCCUCAGGGCAUGGUCCAGGCGGUGGUACUGCCCACCAUGGGUCUGAUGUCUCCAAUCAGUAUUAACCUCAGCGACCUGCAGAACAUGCUUAAGGUGGCCAUGGAUGGGAACGUGCUGCGUCAGGUGUUGGGGACGGCCAACGGGCUGGUGACCUCCAAGCAGGGGUUUGUGACACAGGCUGGCCAGCAGGUAAUCUCAGCCAUCAGCCUGCCUGGCUUCGUGGACCAGGACGGUACCACCAAGAUCAUCAUUAACUACAGCCUGGAGCCAAGCCCAGCCCAGCAGCCCACCGCCCCUCAGCUCCUCAAGCAGGAGGCUCCCCCUCCCACCACCAACACCAACACUGCCAGCGCCACAAACACACAGCCAGCCUCUAAAGUAACAGAGAAACUCCCCCAGGACAUCAACAAGACUGAGCCGGCCGACUCGGAGCGCGAGUCAGAGAUGGAGAAAGAGAUGGAGACGGAGGAGACAGAGACUGAAGCUGAGACACCAAAGGCCCAGACAGGCAAGACAAGGUGUCUACUGUGUGACAACUGUCCUGGUGAUUUGGAUGCACUGCACAUGCUCCAGCAUUGUAAACCUGCCAACGGGGAGGGAGGAGACAGCGCCCCCCUCGACCCCUCCAUCGCUGCCCUCCUGGCCGAGGCAGGGAUAACACCAGGCCAGCACCCUCUAAAGAAUCUGCUCUCGCUCCUCAAGGCCUACUUUGCCUUAAACGCCGAGCCUACCGAGGAAGAGCUGGCCAAGAUCUCUGACAAUGUCAGCCUGCCCGUGGACGUGGUCAAGAAGUGGUUUGAGAAAAUGCGGUCUGGUCAGAUCACGGUCGGACCCCCUGGUUCCUCUCCAGAUGACUCUGGACUUUCAGAUUACAGCACAGAGACCCAGCUAGACCAAGAUAAGAGCGGGACAGAGAUAGAGGAGCAGCAUGCCUCAGCCCAAACACAGGAGACAUCAUCUUCCCAACCUCCCAACAGUUCCCCUACCUCGAUAUCCCCCUCGGUCUCAGCCUCGGUCCCCUCACCACUAAACCUCUCCUCCAGCGGCCUGGUCAUCGUGAAGACUGAGGUCGACUCGGAGCGCGAGGCUCAAGAACUUCCCCUGGACCUGUCCCUUCCCAAGCAGCCCCAGUCACAGCCCCAGGUCCCCCAUGUCCCACAGGAGCAGCCCCUCAACCUCACCUGCCUGAAGGAGACACUCCAGGCCCAGCUCCCAGGGCUCCAGGGAACCACCAACACCAUCUACGUCACCUCCUCCCCCCAAACAACCAUCCCCAGCCCGGUGAACAUCAUGACCACCCGGCUAGUAGCCAUCACCAACCAGGGCAGCGGUGUGCCCUGCCUCAGGGCCAUCUCCACCGGCACCACCAAACGGACCAUCCUCAUCCCCCAGCUCACCUACACAUACACCACUACAGCAUGCAGCGGUGCCACUGGGGCCGAUGCAGCCCAGGAGACCGUCAGAAUCAACGGCGGCCAGGAGGAGAAGUCUGCCACCAGCUCAGAGGGUGUGUCGACGGUAGAGGAGCAGGGUAACUCAGACUCUUCCCCUCCGCAGAAGAAGAUGCGUCGACUGCAGAGCGGGAUGUACUCCUGUGACCUCUGUGACAAGAUCUUCCAGAAGAGCAGCUCCCUGCUCAGGCAUAAAUACGAACACACAGGAAAACGGCCACAUGAGUGCGGCAUCUGCGACAAAGCCUUCAAACACAAGCACCACUUGAUAGAACACACGCGGCUGCACUCCGGAGAGAAGCCCUACCGCUGUGACAAGUGUGGCAAGUGUUUCUCCCACUCUGGCUCCUACAGCCAGCACAUGAACCACCGAUACUCCUACUGCAAGAAGGAGCCCCAGGGAGGGCGGCAAGGGGGACGUCAGCUCGGGAUGAGCCCCGAAAUGAGUCCCCAAACAGAAGAGCAGCAGUCAGACAGCCGACCCACCUCCCCACCUUCCCAACUGGACUCAGAUGAGAGGGAGAGUGAGGAGGAGUUGGAGGAAGAGGAGGGCAUUGCGGCCAUGAGCAUGGACGACAUACGGGUGGUGCAAGUGGGUGAGGAUGAUGAGGAGAGUGAGAUAUACGAGGUGGAGGAGUUUGGGGAGGAGAGGCAAGAGGAGGAGAAAGGGAGCAGAGAGGAAGAGGAGGAGGAAGAGAUCAGAGAGGAAGAGGAGGGGGAGGAAGAGAGUAGAGAGGAAGAGGAGGGGGUAGAGCAGAAGCAGGUAUGUGAAGAAAAGCAGGAAGAGGAAGGGAGGAGAGAGGAGGAGGCACACCAGGAGGAGGAAGAGAGGAGAGAGGAGGAGGCAGACCAGGAGGAGGUGGAGGAAAAGGAAGGGAGGAGAGAGGAGGAGGAGGUUUGUAAAGAGGAGUCUCUUCAGCAGGAUGAUGUGUGUGAGGAAGAGGAGGUGAUGGAGGUACAGGUGAUGGGAGGUGUAGAGGAGGAAGGGGAGGAGGAAGGAGUGGCAGAGAAGGAAACCUUUGUAACAGAGGAAGCUAUGGAAACGGAGGACAAAGAACCGCAUGUGGACAAGGAGGACAUCUCGGCAGAGGGGUUGGAAAACGGACAGAAAGAAACAGAGGAAGACACGAUGAACGGUGAAUGAAGAAAAUACAUUCUCUGACAAAAAAUGGAAAUCCUAGGUGUCAAAUAGCAGGAGAGGAAAAUCUUGUGUUGUUGUCAAAAGAAGAAAUAAAACAAACAUGCUGCCGUGUUGAUGCUGUGGUCCUCUACUGUGUUGAAACCCAGGUGUGCCUGAGAUAGACUAAAAAGAAGGGACUUUUUCUCCUGAAAAAAAAAAUCGGUGUUACCUUGUUUAUAGAAGUAUUAUAAUUUUUUUUAUAAAAGUUACAGCUGACCUUUCAAUUAUUUUGUUACUGAGAGUGAGACAUCUGAUCCCAGGUCAUUUCUGUUUGUCAGUGUUAUUUUUGACUAAUUUUGCCACUCUUGUUUUAACCUUUUAACCUGUACAGUUGAAAAAACAUUUCUAUACAUUUUUAUUGCCAAUGAUGAUGUUUGCGUAAAAUCAGUAUUUUAUUGAGUUGUAAAAAAAAAUCAAAAAAAAAAAUGCACUACAGUAAUCCUGGUUUACCUAUGGAUACGACAUGCCUCAUGUGUUGUCCACCCUUCAGUAUUAUUAUGUUCACACUAGCUGUACAUCCUCUUCAUGUUAGAUAACGUUAGCAUAGCAUUUUGUUUUCAGUUGGUUUGUUAACAUUAAGAAGAAAAGAGGAUUCUGGGGGUAUGGGUGGGAGGGGUUAGCCUGGUAUGGGAGGUGUUAGCCUGAGUGCCAGUAUGUUAGUGCUAUCAUGUCAACUCCUCGUCACUCACUGUCAUGUUUGGCUUGACAAGGACGGGACGGGACGGGGGGACGGGGGGGGGUUGAUGUGAUAUCUGUCUGACAUCAUAACCAAACUGUCCUAUCAGGGAAAAGUUGCGUGACAACCUCAAAGCCAGCAUUCUUAACCAUGCUUGUCCUUGUUUGUGUCCCAAUAAUCUAUCCUUCCUCCUGAAGGGUGAACUUGUUCACUGAUCCCCAUAAAUCUAAAAACAUUGGAUUGGUGGAGACAUGGGCUAGCUAGACUAUAGAAUUUUCCACAAUAUUUCUUACACCAGUCAUUUCCUUUCAAAGUCCUUGAAUUGAAGUUAUCAAGUGCACACUUUUAGAGAAAGGAGAGAUUAUUGGGAUGUAACCCUAGUUAUCAGUUGGUUUGGUUAGUUUUUAAUCAGUGACCAUCAGUGUCAUAGGGUCAUAUGAAGCAGGAGGGGUGUAGAUAUGUGCUCUAUCCAGCCCCAAUGUCUCCAGCCUUAUGCAAGACCAGACCUGUGUGCUGUAAGUGCCAUUGAACAGUGUUCUUGUUACCCAAUGGAUGUAGUCAGUAUGUAUUCUCUGCGCAAGGCCCAUAUUGAUUAAUGUUUGUUUACUUGCUUGGACUCAUUUUCACUUGUGAAGUUGGAUUUUCGUCCCAAAUGGCACCCUUCAGUAUUCCCUUUAUAGUGCACUAUAGGGCUCUGGUUAAAAGUAGUACAGUAGGGAAUACAAGACGAUAGCAUGAAUAAGGACUCCUUCGUGUGUGCGUGAACAAAGAGGAACAAAGAGAGAAUAGGACGAAUAUGAAAGGUUUUUACAGUAUUUAAGGGGAUUUUCCUGUGUUGGAGCAUCAAACAUUAUUAGAUGAGUGCACUUGUUUUAAUGGUGGCAAGCUAACCCGCACUUCAGGUAACAAACGUUAGUGAAUGUGGUCCCUGUGUUUUAAGUGUUUCAGUGUUACAGAAUUAUUUUACAGUGUUACAGAAUUAUUUUCAGUUUGGUUUUUAGUUUUUAUAUGUGUGUGUCCUGUGUAUGUUUUCAACAAUGGCAGUAUUAGAAACCUUUUCCAUGAGGAAAUCGUACCUGUUUAGUUUUUAGAGGACUUUUUAUAUUUACGUGUCUUAUUUUUCUAUUUCUUUAUGCUUAUUUAUUACACACAUUGUAGUGUACAAUAGUGUAGUGUGAAUUGAUACAAUAAUAUAUUUUAGUAUGAAAAAAUGAUUUGAAGGUCAUUGAAUCCAGAGUAGGAAGUGGCGCUCUGGGGGUUAUGAAGUUUGUUUUGAAAAAGUAUUAUGUUAACAUGAAAAGACGAAGGCAUAAAUGAAGAGAGAAACGGAAAGCGUUUCAUCAUCAGGCUCGCUGGUUAGACUGACCUGUUCUUACUGUGAUAUGAAGCUACUGAAAACUAACUGUGUGACUAAAACGCAUGAGUCCUUGCUGUUGUAAUGAAGGAUUGAUCUCGUUAUGAAGAUGUACCUAACUCCUAUUUUUUUUUUCAAAGCCAAAAUUAGAUUCUCAUACCCUUUGUCGUUCUGUUUUGUGCCAAUUUGUUACGUUGUACUGUUAUAUGUCAGAGGCUACAAUUUGUUUUAUACAUUUCCCGUUUAAUCCACUCUGUUUUUAUAGUUGUUUUAUUUUUUUUUAGAUUUGCUCAAUUUUUUUAUGACUUCCCAUCACAAUAAAAUACAAGAAAG